AUGGGCGUCCUCGAAGUCGAAACCGAGAUUCCAUUCCCACCACGCAGAAGUCGGCGGACAUCACGGAGGAUUUCUAAUUUUGCCUUUCAUAAUCCAUCUAAGCACGGUCGAGCCGGGACAUUGAAAUUUGACGAGUUAGACAUCAACAAGGCUUUGCCUGUUCCCGAGAAAGCGAUAUACCUCUCUCGAAGGUCGUCAUUCAAUUCAUUAAUACAGACGAAGCAAGAACCAAAAUUCAGCAAUUUGGCGUUGUGCUGGACCACUUUCAUCGUUACAGUACCAAUACUGGGUUUCACGGUGGCAGUCUUGGGAUUUGUCCUCAAGUAUCGCUUACCCAAGACUCCUCCCCAUCCGUUCCUCGUCGAGUCUGAUGGACGUAAAGAUGGGCUGAUCAUUCUGAUUGACUUCUCUGCUACCCGACUUGCAUUCAUAGCAUCAUGGAGCAGCACUCUCGCCCCUAUGCUAUUGGGCAGCUUGAUGGCAUUGUGGCAUAUCCCAACGGCGUGCAACCUUGCAUUUCUAACCAGGGUUGGGGAUGUUCAACAACUCCCGACUCCUCAUCAGCUCAGCAUGUUGGUCGGGCUCUCGGCAGGAUCGCUCGAUGAGCUACGGAAAUAUUUCUUGUAUCGGAUAAACAAAGUGAAAGCAGAGCAGCCAGUCCUGUUGAGCAGAUCGGCUUGUGUCUUGUCUAUGAGUGCGGUACUUGCCGCUCUCAUAUUCUGUGCCGACACUGCAAUCCACACUUUCACAUCCACUGUAUCUUACAACCGAAACACGAUCAGAGAAGAGCCUCUCCUUUCGUUUGGGCGUGGAAUAUCUCCAGAAUGUAUUGACUUUGACAGGAGUCUGAACCAAGGCUUACCUUGCACAGUAGUUGCAGAUGCAACCGUGGGCGCAAAUUUCAUUGCACGAGACUCUGGUGAGAUCAUUUCCCUGGGACGAAAUGUAUCCAUCUCCAACACUAUAUGGAAAGUCACGGCAGACGACUUACAGCAGGGAGAUCUGAUGGUGCUGAUGCCUCAGGCCACGAACGCAUCGGUGGGGGUUGAGUAUAGUGCUUCCACCGUUGGCGUUUCCACUCAGUGCAUUCCUUCGACGAAGCAAUGCCAAGUCCGAAUGUCUGAAGAUACCUCCCCUGAAGACUCCUACGUUGUGUUCAACUGCACCGAGAACUUCCGUGGCGUUUUAGGCGCUAGCCCAGAUGUUGCGAAAGAUUCCGUUGUUUGGACCCAGACAGACUCUACAACACCUGACUUUAAUGUCAAACUCGACAGAAAUUUCCAGUACGCAUACUUUUCGGAUUCGGAGAUGGCUCAGAUCUACAACUCAAUCGGAGGGAGUCCUACCAACAGUGGCUCCUCUGGUGAUCUAGCAUUGCCAGAUUCUAAGUUGAUCAACCCAAUUCACCUGGCAACAGCCGGUUUGAUUCCAGUGCAGAAUGGUGCUGCAGGUGAGAGUCUCAGUGCAGAUGCCGAUGUCUUCUCACUAGGUGGCUCGCUCAUCGCAUACAGCCUGAAUUGCACCGUCACAUCUUACGAUGUAAUAUAUACCUGGGUAAAUGGAUCGAUAAACAGUUUCACAUAUACUCCUACCAGCAACGGCAGCAUGAUUGAACUCGCUCACGGCAUGCAGGCCGAGGGUAUGCCUAGUCUUUCACAGAGUCAGAGCCUUGCAAGCUUGUCAGACAGUGCCAACGGCAUGGCCCGCAGCUUUUCUAACUCUCACUCGGUCGACGCUCUGACCUUGAUUGCGAGCGUGAUGUCACCAAGAAAGAACACUGUCGAAGCUACGACCGAAAGCCUAUUGGUAACUGAGAUGAGUGCCCUUGCAUUCAGUUUCCUCAUCGUCAGCAACUUACUGUACAUCAUCUUCGGAGUCGUGCUUGCUAUUCGAGCAUGGAUGGCCAAUUCCCGCGACUCCCGCGAUAUGGUUGCUCGGCUAAGCGUUGAAGGGUUAUCUGCCAUGGCACUCGAAGACACAAUUGAGAAGCGAGUCCGUCGUGUAGACGACACUAAAGAUAUGUUCGAAGAGAGCCGAAUCGGUGUCGCUAGUAGGAAGGUCGGGCUCAAAGCAUAUCCUGGUGGCGGACAUGUAAUGACGGUCGAGCAGCCUCGACUUUGA